GAAGAGUUAGUGGUGUGUGUUGAGAAAGAGAAGAGGACAACUAUCCAAAAGUUCUAACUUGAUUUCUGGCUGUGUUCUAACAAAACAAUGAUGAAACAAAAGGAAGUUGAACAGCCAUUGUUGCUGAAGAAACACUACCAUGAGAAUUGUCCAGGUUGCAAAGUGGAUCAAGCUAAAGAGCACAAAGAAGAUGUUACCUUUUGGAAUCUCUUGAGCAUUUGGAUGGUGGUGUUAUGCAACUCACUGCCAAUAGCAUCUCUCUACCCUUACAUAUAUUUUAUGGUAGACGAUUUCAAUGUCGCAAAAAGAGAGGAAGAUAUUAGUACAUAUGCUGGUUAUGUGGGAUCUGCAUAUAUGCUUGGCAGAGCUUUGACAUCAGUAUUAUGGGGAAUAAUAGCUGACCGUUAUGGUAGAAAACCCGUUAUAAUUUCAGGGAUCAUCUCUGUGAUCAUUUUCAGCACCCUGUUUGGCCUUAGCACAAACUUUUGGAUGGCUGUGUUUAUGCGAUUUGUUCUUGGAAGUUUAAAUGGUUUGCUUGGCCCAAUGAUGGCUUAUUGUACUGAAAUAUUUCGAGAAGAAAAGCAAGCUCUAGGACUCUCAACUUUUAGUGCAGCUUGGGGCAUAGGUUUAGUCCUUGGGCCAGCAUUGGGAGGUUAUUUGGCUCAGCCAACAUUGAAAUACCCACAUCUAUUUCCAAGUGAUUCCUUUUGGGACAAGUUUCCAUAUUUCUUGCCCUCAUUUACAAUAUCAGCUUUUUCAUCAGCUGUAGCAAUUGCCUGCAUCUGGUUUCCAGAAACACUACACAACCACCCACAUAGUGACGAGACCAAUGAAGAAACUGAAGCUUUAGAAACUGGAAAAAGUGGGACUGACAAAGAGAAGAUAAUCCAAAAAGAUGGAAACCUGCUCCUAAACUUUCCCUUAAUGUCAUCUAUCAUUGUGUACAGCAUUUUCUCACUUCAUGAUAGUGCUUAUCAGGAGAUUUUCUCAUUAUGGGCUGUCAGCCCUCAAAGGUUGGGGGGGUUGAGCUUUACAACUGAUCAUGUCGGUAACAUUCUUACAAUAACAGGUACUGGUCUUAUGAUCUACCAGAUUUCCCUAUACCCAUCAUUGCAUAAAGCUUGUGGAACAGUAAGGAUUGCUCUCAUCACAGGGGUGUUGUCCAUACCUCUAUUGCAAAGUUACCCCUUCAUAGCAAUGCUGUCAGGCAUUUUACUAAACCUUGUGAUUAGUAUUGCUUCUGUUCUGAAGAAUAUCCUGACUGUGAGUAUUAUAACUAGUCUAUUCCUUCUGGUGAACGGAUCAGUGGAACAACAUCAAAGAGGGGCAGCAAAUGGCAUUUCUAUGACUUCUAUGUCAGUAUUCAAAGCAAUUGGCCCAGCCGGAGGUGGUGCUAUAUUAACUUGGUCACAGAAGCGGAUAGAUGCAUCUUUCCUCCCAGGCACACAUAUGGUCUUCUUUAUCCUGAAUGUUGUUGCAGGAUGUGGAUUGCUAUUGAUGUGUACACCAUUUCUGAGAGUAAAGAAGAAAACUCCCUCUGAGCAGUUUAGUGAAGCAUCUCCAGUUCAUUAGUGCUUCGUUUGGUGCUUGGUAGUUACUAUAUACACUGGAUCAUAGUGAUAGGGAUAUAUACAUGUUGCUGAUUGAUGGUGUUUAAAGAAAGCAUUUAAUGAAAUUUGAUUCAUCAUCUGGUUCAUGUGUUUUGAGAGUCAUAGGAUUUAACCUGUACAUGUGUCUUAUAUUCACUACCUUGAAUUCUCCAAUAGUUGUAUUGUUUCAUAGUAUGUCCAUUAAUUGUACCAAGAGGUUUCUUAUGUAUCUAUAAAGACACAUGUACUAAUUCAUUUACCACAAAGCCAAUAAAUAUAAAUCAAGUGAGUUUCUUA